CACAAUCCACGGCGAGGUCACAUCUCGUUCAGCUAUGGCGGUGCCAAGUGGUUGAGACGACUGGAAGAGGAACGUUCGUGUCCGUUUGAAAUGCUCGGUCGGCAGUGGUGAAGCCGAAUAGCCGAGCCAGAAGUGCCGAACGCAAAGGGAGAAGCAGCAGCGAGUGCAUUCGCACGGAAGGAGCGGCCGCGAGGAGGAGGGCACACGAGACAAACACAAAACGAAAAGAGUGUGCGAAACGGAGACGCAGGGCGGUGCGUCAUGUCGGCAUUGAUUUUCGUCGCGGGCAGCCGCUGGUGAUCGGGCCGACGUCGUCCGGUGCAAGUGGCGAAGAUUCUACGGCGGUUGCACUGUGCAGAAGCCCGCCGAGUGCACGAUGGCCAUCGGCUACCUGUGACGGAAGGACGUGAGGCAGCCAUUUUCAGUCGUGCUAAUCCAGUUAGUAAGCAGCGGCGGGGCAGAAGCCCAGGCGGACGACAAAGUCGGCGUCCGGUCGGCAUCGGAGCAUGCAGAAGGGCAAGACCGCCGGUGAAGCAACACAGCAGCAGGAAAAGCGAGUCUCAAGGGCGGGCGCAGCUGGAACAGCGGCCGGCGCCGUCGCCGGCGCCGCUUCUGCCGUCCGAGCAACCUCGGCGUCCAACAUGCAUAGCACCAGCAGACACAGUGUCUCCAGCGGCUCGUCCGGCGUCCUCAUGGUCGGACCCAAUUUCAGGGUCGGCAAGAAGAUAGGAUGCGGAAACUUCGGCGAGCUGCGCCUUGGCAAAAACUUGUACAACAACGAGCAUGUUGCCAUCAAAAUGGAGGCGAUGAAAUCAAAAGCGCCGCAGCUGCAUCUAGAAUACAGGUUCUACAAGCUGCUCGGCUCUCACGGCUCGGCGGGCAAGAGGAAGUCGACUUCGAACGCCGGCGGCUCCGGCAGCGGAUCGGCGACGCCCGGCGCCUCCUCCACUUGCUCCACAGGCAAACUCAAAGCAGAAGGUAUUCCCGAGGUGUAUUACUUUGGCCCGUGCGGCAAAUACAACGCGCUCGUGAUGGAGCUGCUCGGUCCCAGCCUAGAAGACUUGUUUGACCUCUGCGGACGUAGGUUUACCCUGAAGACAGUUUUAAUGAUCGCAAUUCAACUACUCCAUAGGAUAGAAUACGUUCACUCAAGACAUCUUAUAUACAGAGAUGUCAAGCCUGAGAAUUUCCUCAUUGGUCGUAGCUCCACCAAGAAGGACAAAGUGAUACAUAUUAUAGACUUUGGACUCGCUAAGGAAUACAUUGACCUGGAGACUAAUAAACACAUCCCUUACCGGGAGCACAAGAGUUUAACAGGCACAGCUAGAUAUAUGAGCAUAAACACGCAUUUAGGCAAAGAACAAAGCCGGCGAGAUGACCUGGAGGCCCUGGGGCACAUGUUCAUGUACUUUCUGCGCGGCUCGCUGCCGUGGCAGGGCCUGAAGGCGGAUACGCUGAAGGAGCGGUACCAAAAGAUCGGCGACACGAAGCGUGCGACGCCGAUCGAGGUGCUGUGCGAAAACCAGCCUGAGGAGAUGGCCACCUACCUGCGCUACGUCAGAAGACUGGACUUUUUCGAGACUCCCGACUACGAGUAUCUGAGAAAACUCUUCCAGGAUCUAUUCGAGAGGAAAGGCUACGUUGACGACGCCGAGUUCGACUGGACGGGCAAGACUAUGCCCGCCAAUUUCCACGUUUUCCGCGUGCUCAGAAACGCACCACCCUCCCACGUCGGGAAAACCAAGUCGGACAAGUCAACACCAGUGGGCUCCUUACAGACUGCACACGAGAUGGUUGUUUCACCUAACAGAGAGCAGCACCGAAAUACGGCAAAGGAUGGAUUGGAUUGGCUAAUGUAUGACGAUGACGAGGAAUUGGUUAUUGAGGAGGGUGGAGUCAAGGGUGCUGCAUGGUCUGAUGUUCCAAAGCAGUCGUCAAAUACUCUGGGCAACCUGACACCGGCCGACAGGCACGGAUCCGUGCAGGUCGUCAGCUCCACGAAUGGCGAACUAGCCAACGACGACCCCACAGCCGGACACUCGAACACGCCCAUCACUGCGCAAGCCGAAGUGGAAAUCGUUGAUGAAACCAAUUUUUGCUAUUAUUGCAGAUGCUGCUGCUUCUUUAAACGAAAGAAGAAGAAGUCGGGGCGCGCGAAAUGACUAGCUGCCGUCGUGCAGUGCAGUCCGGAGCGAGAAGCGGUGACCCUGCUGCGCGCCACCUCUCAGUCCAACUCACGAGAUUCGAUGCUCAGUCCAAGUGGGGAGUUCUUGGCAGCGGCGGCCGCGGCCGUCGCCUCUUCCCAACACCCCCGAGCAGCGGCCAGCCGUCAAGUCCCUCCACUUGCUUAGUCAUCAAACGAAAUUUAAAAACAACACAAAGCACCGCCUGCAAUUUAAACGAAUCCCCCUUUGGCAAAUCUUGCAAAUCACACACAUACACUCACUCACUACGUACGCUACUCGAAGUGAAUUCACUUAUGAACACACACACACACACACACAUGGAAACGCGCUCGCGCGAAAAGCCACUUAUCUGUAGAUUAUUUGCUCUUCCCUAUUAUUGUUUAGUUUCAAUUUUUAAUCGAGCGAGAAUGUCGAUGGCUUUUUGUGAGGCACUAUCUACUUUUUAGCCAACGCGGCGAGCAACUGGCGGAUGAGCGACAAAAACGCCUCCGCCUAUCACGCCGCUUUCUCUCUAUCUCUCUGUUUUUUAAGAGAAAGUUGUGAAUGACACACACACCCCAAAACCCUGCCCGAAGAAGCGGAAGAAGUUGAUAAGAAAUGAUGUUCCAUGAUGCAUACUUUUUUUUUAUUUAUAAUCGAUCGAUCACUGUAAAUAUUAACGCCGGAGAAAAAUAUGAAAAAAAUACGCUAAAAACAAAAUGAUGAUGAAAAUGGAAACUUGUAACAACUUUUAAUUUAAUAAAUAUAGUUCUUAUGGCUGUAAA